AUGUACUUUUUUCAACCAAAAGUAAUAGAAAAAGAAACAGAUUUGUUAUGCAAAUUACACUAAUAAAAAAUUGCAUAUGUGAAUCUGGAGCCUUAAUUAUUUUCAAAUCAAAGGCUCUUAUGCAAGUCAUGUGGCCAAUAGAAUCCAUCCAAUUCUUAGAUCGUGGAUUAUCAAUAGCUCAAAUAAAACUUUGAUAACUAACAAAAGGAAAGGAUUUAAAUAUACUAACCAAUAGUCAAGCCUCACAUUGAACAUGUUGAAAGCUUUUAGAAAAUGAUAGAUGUUCUAAAAACAAAAUUGAUUCAAUAGCUAGAUUAUCUAUUUUGGGUUUCAAAGACUGGCUUAAUCGAUUCUUUAAUUUAAUACAGCCUUUUCGGAGAAAUAGAUUUGUUAAUCUAAAACCAAAUGCCAAUCAUUAAUUCAAAAAAAAUUAUUAAAAGCAUUUAAAAAAUCAACAAUGAUUUUAACACUAAAAUCAACCCAAAAUUGGAAUAAUUCAAACUCUUACCACCAGAAAUGUUAGGAAAUAUUUGUAAAUCUAAAAAGUAUAACUCACAGUAGAUAGAAGUUAAUUCAUAGUCUAUUAUCCUACCAAUCAAAUAGGAAGCGUAAGCUUAUGAAUGGAAAGAGGAUUUGUUUGAGAUUAUCGCUUAAUCGAAAGAAAUAGAUUCAUCAAUAUACACCAUUUUAAUUAGGAUGUUAAUAAAGAAAAGACUUCUGAUUGUCUAAGAUUUCUAUAGAAAAAUGAGAAUCAAAAGCUUUACUAAUUAUACUUCAAUCCAGAAAUGA